GGGGAAGUGGCGUUUUUUUUCUCGUUCAUGACAGCAACAUAUCCUGGUCGGCUUCGUGUUUGCCUUUUUACGUAAAACCGAUACUACAGGUUUGAUUUGUUUUCUGUUAAUAGAAAGACAGCUGUCUCUACAGGCAUAUCGCGAAUCUCUCUCUUUUUUUUGUGUUUAUUUUCUGAAUCCAAACAACAAAUAGUAUUUUUCCCCCGGAGGAUUUUAUAGUAUGAUUCUUUGUGAACGAGGACUCAGGUCUCUUCUCCCUGCUGCUCCAUCUUCUCAGGCCCCGUGGGGCAUGCGGGAGGGAACAGCCGCCAUUGCCCCGUGCUUUCAGAGCAAACCCCCAAAAUGGGACCCCACCAAGGACCUGCGGGCGAUUGCCAGCAACUUCUGCUACCUAGAAAAUUCAGGCUGGUACUGGGGAGCCAUCACUGCAGCCCAGGCCCACGCCGCCCUGCAGGACGCCCCGGAGGGAGCCUUUCUGCUGCGGGAUAGCAGCCACCCCCUGUACAUGCUGACCCUGUCGGUCAGGACGGCGCGUGGACCCACCAGCAUCCGGAUCCAGUACAGCGGCGCCCAGUUCCUGCUGGACUCCAGCUCCGGGGCGCGGGCCAGCCUCUCGUCCUUCCCCAACGUCCCCAGCCUGGUGCAGCACUACAUGGGGGCGGAGCGGAAAGCAGAGGAGCGGAGGGCGGAGGAGCAGGCGGCGCCGGCAAAACCCUCCGAGCCGCCGGCCCAGGAGGCGUCGGUGGUACUGAAGCUGAAGCGGGCCGUGUACAAACCACAGAACCUCCCGAGUCUGCAGCACCUGACACGCCUCAUCAUCAACAGACACAGCGCCGCCACGGAGCAGCUGCCGCUCCCCAAGCCGCUGCUGCGCUUCCUGCAGGACUAUCCUUUCAAGGUGUGAGCAGGAGCGGAGCUGGACUGACCCAGUUUACGCUGAAGGAGGAGAAGGCGCUGCGCAGCAGGUAGUUUGGACCUGCAGAGGCCAGUCACAGAGACGUUCUGACGUGUCUGGGUUCAGACUUUAACCCUCCUGUGGACAGCAGGAGGUCGGUACUGUAGGCUCCUCAAACAUGGACGCCGCCGCUUCUGGAUGUACAUACUGGUUAAGAAAUGACACUGAUUUCACUGAGACGUCUUUCAUGCCAUUUUAUUUUUCUCAGCAAAAGCAUUUUUGUACUUUUUACAUGUGUAAUUUUUUUUUCUAUUAAAACUGGAACUUACAAUUUCU